AAAACACGUGCCAGAAAGUAGCAGCGACCCAUCGCCAGCUACCUCUCUCCGCCGUGGCUUCACACUGGAAUUGGUAAUUAUGAACUUGAUGAAUCCAAUUGUAAUCUUUCUUUCCAUGAAACGACAUCGUUGAGCUUCAAUCUCUCAACACCUAAUCCCAUCACACAGAAACCGGCCGGUUCUCGGUUCAAUUGAGAGAGUCUGGUUUUGAUAGAAGACCCUAUCGUGAAAGCCCUCCAAUUCCGACUUCUCUUCUUUCCCUCGUGCGCUAAGCCCGCGAUUUUCAGAUAGUACAGUCCAAAAGAGAGGUCUUUUUGGUUUGUUGUAACCUUGUCUUUACGAAAGGAUGGAAGAUAAGGGAAAAGGUGUUGUGGGAGAAGAUGAGGAAAACUUGUUUUCUGUGUUAGAAGUAAUAGGUCAAAGCAAUACGGAAGUAGAUGGUAGUGGUGGUGAUAACUAUGAUGAUGAAGACGAAAGCAGUGAUGAAGAAGGAGGCGAAGUUGAUGAUGAUGAUGAUGAAGGGGAUGAUGAGUCUGAAGAAGAAGGAGAUGAAGUUGAAGUUGAAGCUGGAAGUGGAGAUCCAACGUCAUUUGAACGUCCUGAAUAUGAAGCUCUGGCUGAGAAGAAACGCAAAGCACUUGCUGAUUCUCUACGUGAUGGUUCAGAGAAGAGAGCAAAGUAUGAUUCUAUUAACAUCAUGAAUAGCACCUCGGCCGAGAAGUUUUUCAGGGACCUCGUCGAUCCUGGCCGACGACGAAAGUCUAGGAAGAAUAAAAAAAGGGGUAGACGACAGGGGUCAAAGAAACAAGUUUCACCUGAGAUUCGUAAGAGGUUUGGGGAGGCUCUCAUUCUUCUCGCAGAUAAUAAAGACAGUGAGGCUUCUCCUAUUAUAUUAGACAUUAUUAAGCAAGCACCAACCUUCGAUACAGCGUAUUAUAGCCUUUUUCUUGUAGCUGAGGAACUUGGUAGGACCGACUUGGCUACUGGACUAUUGAAGAUUGCUGCAGCUACACAAGGUUCAAAAUCACCUUAUUGGAAGAUGCUUUACGAGAGGUUUAAGGAGCAGCAGAACAUGCUGUUAGCAAGGCAUUAUGCGUCCAAAGCAAUACGAGCAGAACCAGAGGAUAUCCUAUUGAAAGAUGAAUAUGCAAACCUUUGCGUAAGUGCUGGAAUAUAUAAAGAAGCUGCUGAAACUUAUGAGCAAAUAUUUCGUCGGGAUCCUGAGAGAAUUGAGCUACUCAAGUUGGGGACAAAGUAUUUUCUAGAAUCCGGUAAGGGUGAACGCGCAGCAAGCAUCUUAGAGGAUCAUAUAAAAUCUCAUCCAUCUGAAGUGGGGCACGAUGUCUUGGAUCUACUGGCUUCUGUUUUGAUGCAAAUUAAUGCAUAUGAUAGAGCGCUUAAGUAUAUUCAUGAAGUGCGCCAAAUUUACAAUCUAGGAAAGGAACUACCUUCCAGCUUAAAAAUUAGACAAGCGAUCUGUCAUGUUCGCCUCAAAGAAAUGGAGCAAGCAGAGGAUGUUUUAAGGAUUCUACCACGGGAGGCUGUAUCUGAACAUCCAGAGCUCAUUAUCACUUUGGCUGAUGAGCUAACAAAAAUCGAGAAUUUUCAUCCUGCUCUCAAAUACUAUUUGUUAGCAGUCAAUGACACUGUGAAUAAUGGCUAUUUGUUUGUGAAAGUUGCUCGCUGUUAUAUGUCGUUGGCAGAACGAGAACAGGCCAUCAUUUACUAUUAUAAAGCUUUGAAUGAACUCAGUGAUCCGAUUGAUACUCGCAUUACUCUGGCUUCACUUCUCCUGGAAGAUGGCAAACGAGAUGAAGCUAUAUCAGUACUUUCUCCUCCGGAAAAUCCAGAUCUUGAUGGUACUAAACAGAAGCCAUGGUGGAAGAAAAGAAAGAUCAGGAUGCAUCUUUGUCAGAUCUAUUACUCAGAGGGGAUGCUUGAGGAAUUUGCCAAUACAGCAUUGCAUUUGGUUCUUAAGUGGGUUAGGCGGCGGACGGUCAAGGGAAAAAGAAAACGACCGGUUCGUUCGGAGCUUCAAAGAAAUAGAAGACGCCGACGUCCUAGAGAUGCUCAAGCUUCCGAGUUGAGAGGCGGACCCAAAAGGGAGCGCAAAAUCAGGGCAACAUUAAAUGAAACAAAAAGAAUCGGAGAACGGGCUGCUAUUAAACCUAAUAACGAAGAUAUGUGCAGUGAUUCUGAGGAAGAAGCUAUGAAGGAUGAAGAGUAUCACCGACUCUUUGUAGAUUUGUGCAAGGCAUUCGCUUCCCUGCAAAGGUUUUGGGAAGCUCUGGAGAUAGUUAACCUCGCUCGUAGAUUGGACGCCAAAUUGCUACCUGUUGAGAUAAAAAAGGAGCUUCAGUCACUUGGAGCUAAAAUAUCAUGUGAUACUAUGGAUCCAAAGCAGUGGUUUGACUGUGUAAGAUCUGUCAUUCAGCAACAUCCAAAGCGUUUGAAUGCUUGGAACUGCUACUACAAAGUCAUUUCAAGACUAGGGAAAAGAGCAUCGAGUGAAGCUAAGUUCAUGCAUCACUUAAGAAGCAAGUACAGAGAUUGCAUACCGCCUAUUCUGAUAGCUGGUCAUCAUUUCACCGUGACAAGCCGACAUCAAGAUGCUGCAAGAGAAUACCUUGAAGCAUAUAAACUAAUGCCUGAUAGCCCUUUAAUUAACCUCUGCGUAGGCGCUGCUUUAAUCAACUUAGCACUCGGUUUCCGACUCAAGAACCGGCAUGAGUGUCUCGCUCAGGGCUUUGCGUUUCUAUACAACAAUAUAAGAAUCUGCAGUAACAGUCAAGAGGCGUUGUAUAACGUUGCUCGGGCGUAUCAUCACGUAGGUCUUGUGACUCUUGCGGCUUCUUACUACGAGAAGGUUUUAGCGGUUUACGAGAAAGAAUAUCCAAUGCCGAAACUGCCGAAUGAAGAACCAAAUGUUGCGGAAGAGCGUAAACCUGUUAACUGUGACCUACGCAAAGAGGCUGCUCACAAUCUGCAUUUGAUCUAUAAGCACAGUGAAGCGUUUGAUCUCGCCAGGCAGGUCUUAAAGGAUCACUGCACUUUUUAAGUCUCGUUUAUCUUGUAAACUCGACAACCAACUAUUAUUAUCUUCUUAAGGUUGGUUUUAUUGUUUAAUUAACUGGAUUUAUUUCAGAGUCUAAGGAUAUACCAAGAUCAUUAUUAUUUCAAGGAUACAUUUCCUA